GCUCAAGCUUAAUGAACAAGGAUAAAUUGCUCCGCCUAAUAAACAGGAUAACCCCCUCUGAAAUACCAAGUAGUGAUGGGGAAGAUAUGAAUGGAUCAGCUACACAUAAAAACAAUAAUACUGUGAUUCAGAUCCCUUCCUUUAUGAACUACAAAGGAGAAAGUUUUUGCUUAACAGAAAUUGCAGAUGCAACUUAUUAUACCAUGAAUUGUUUGUGAAAAUACCUUGAUGCACUAACAUAUUUAGCUGAGAAUCAUAUUGCAGACCCUCAAGAUUCUCUUUUUAAUGAUCCAAAAUUGGGUAUUGAGAUGAAGAUGAUGGAUACUAUUCUCUUCGAUACUGGGAAGGAGCGACAGUAUAACAGAAAAGGCUCAACUAACCCUAAAGGCUCAUAUUUUAAUACGAAUUACAUCCGUAAAUUAAGAAGAAGAGAGUUUCAGCCAAAAAGAUGGAUAUACACAGAUCUCAAGGGUAACUUCCACUACAAGAACAUUGAGUCUGUAUCACUUGAAGAAGUUAUCCGGGCCUUCUUUGUAAACCUAAAUAUGGGUAAGAAAACCCAUGAAUAUAGCAACGAUGACUUAAUGAAUUUCAUCGCGAAUAACAAAUUAGACAAAAUUGCUGUAGCUAUUAGGAACAACACUAGAUAUUUCUUGGAUAUAACUGAUUUUUCAGACAUUAAGAAUAGGUUUAAAGAUGGAAUUGAUGCACUUCAAUUGUAUAAAAUCCCUAACAAAGAGCAUUUUAAGAACUUUUAUUGCUGAGAAUACGAAUUCCAACACAAGAUGGAUAAAGGUGUCUUUGACUAUUACAGACAAUCAUUUGGAAAUACUGUUGAAGAGUUAUCAGAGAGUGAGACAAAGACAAUACCUAAUAAAAUUCAAAGAAUUUCUUUAAAAGUUAUCCAUGCUCUGGAAACCCAUAAACCAAAGAUGAAAGUGAGGAACAUCAAAAUUCUGUUCCUAAUCGAAAAAUCAGAUGUAAUGGAUGCUUGGUUUGUUGGUGUUGAGAACCUCAAGAUGUGGAAGCUCACAGCUAAAGCUCCAAAUCCGACAUUAAUGAAGAAACCAACAGCCUUGGAAAAUUACUCUAUGGUAGAGAAAGGGAGUAAAUCUGCUCCUAGAAAAUUCAGAGAGAAACGAAAUUUGUCAACAAAGAAUGUUAGAAAGAAACUCAGAAUUUUUAGGAAGAAAGAUAAUAUUUCUCAAAAUAAAACAGCAGGUAGUUAUUUUGGGAAUAACUCUGCUCAAAGGGUGGAUGGAUCUGCAAUCAGCACCUAUCGCCGUAAUAAUAGAUCACAAGGAGAGGUUUUCACUAACCCAACACCAAUGAAAUUUCAGGGAGGCUAUAUAAAACCUGGGGUUCACAAUGUCAGUAAUAUAGGAUUUCUGUCGCAGACUAACAAGAUAAACAAUAUGACUGGGUAUUCUAAAAUCCCAAGUGGAUCAUUCCAUCAUUCCUCAGCAGCCAAUGAGAGGGAAGUCCAUGCUCCUCUUGAGGAAAUAAACUUUAAGAAAAGUAAAAGAGGAGGCCUCAAUAAAUCGAACAUUAGGAGGAUAAUCCGUAACAAAAAUAAAAUGAGGAUCGUUAAUAAUCUAUCAAACCAGAGACUUAGUGAUAACUUUGACCGUGGUCACGGCUCUCAGGAGAUUAAGAGAACUAUUAAGGAGAAAAAUCUGAGCCAAAAAGAUACAGAAGGAACUGGCACAGUUGAGCUAUUUAAUACAAAUAGUAACCAAAUCAAUAUUCUUUGUGAUCCAUCCAACAAAAAUGUAAGACGGUUCGGAUCAAGAUCGAAGAACUAUAUAUCAAAACAGAAAAUGAGUACUAAGAAACGCUCUUCACUAGCGAAAAAUAAGAGGAAGAAGAUAGUGACCAAUUUCAACCAUAACAGUAGUGAAUAUCAAGACAUGAGAGAUCAAGAAACUUUAAAUGCAAAAUUUACUAAUGCUGCUUUUGACCCAAAACAUCAAUUAUCAAACAACAUUGAUGCUCAAGAUGUUGACUUAGAGAACCUAGUGAUUAUUAGUAAACCUCAGGCAAUCCGAAGCUAUUAUCAGUACAUUAAGCAGCAAAAGGAGAAGACUUCAACCACUGAUAACUUCUUUACAAGCUCAGCUACGAAUAAAAUAAGUCUCAAGAAUCAUAAAUAGAGGCAGCUAUAUGUCUAAAUUUACUCCCAAUAAUAACAAGUCCUUUGGUAGAAUAGCAAAAGAACGAAACUUCUUCAGUAAUGCUUUUGACCCAGUGGAGAGAGAAAAAUGCCUAAAUCAUUAAAGAGAAGUGUUAGAGACCCACAUAGAGAUGCUUACCA